AAGUGGGCGGGCGGCGGCUACGCGCGGAGGAGGUGGACGUAGUGCCGGACGAACGCUUCCCGCCCCCGAGCCGGUUCCGAGCCGAGUGGACCUGAGGUCGGGCGCGGAGCUGAGUCGGCUGAGCGGGCGCCGAGCCCCCGCCAUGGCCCGGAACACGCUGUCCUCGCGCUUCCGUCGGGUGGACAUCGACGAGUUUGACGAGAACAAAUUUGUGGACGAGCAGGAGGAGGCGGCGGCGGCAGCAGGCGAGCCAGGCCCGGACCCUAGCGAGGUGGACGGUCUCCUGCGGCAAGGGGACAUGCUUCGGGCGUUCCAUGCAGCCUUACGGAACUCUCCCGUCAACACCAAGAAUCAAGCUGUGAAGGAACGAGCCCAGGGCGUGGUGCUGAAAGUACUCACAAACUUUAAGAGCAGCGAAAUCGAGCAGGCUGUGCAGUCACUGGACAGAAAUGGCAUUGACUUGCUAAUGAAGUACAUUUAUAAAGGGUUUGAGAAGCCCUCAGAAAAUAGCAGCGCAGUGCUACUCCAGUGGCAUGAAAAGGCAUUAGCAGUAGGAGGACUAGGCUCCAUUAUAAGAGUUCUUACAGCAAGAAAGACUGUUUAAAAAAAGAGACUCAUGUUACCUUGAGAAGAACUUUGGAUGCACAGGCUGGUGAAGAAGGGACUGACAAUGGACCACCUUCCUAGGAACUCCCAACUGUUUCGGGACGUGCAUCCGCUGAAGUGUAUUUUAUUUUCAAGGUGGAGGGAGAAAUUGUCUUACUGUUUCCUAAAUCCUUUGCAGGAUCGAUAGUCUAUGCCUUUGUCCACGAAUAAUGCAGAACUGACAUUGUGACUGUCUGCCAGAGUGGCUGGCCACCGUUGUUGGUCAGGUGUGUCUGUGGGCACUGCCUGUUUAAAAUGGGGGAGGGAUGGUUGGGGCAGGUGCAGAUCCAAGGGCUGCCGUGAAAGGGCGAGCUGGAGUUUCUGGAGUGAGACCCCCCCUGGGGGUUUGUACAGACGUCCCAUCCUCCCAGAGAAGGCAGGCUCUCUUGGGUUCAUUGUAAAGUGCCUGCUGCAUCAAUAAAGCUCUUGGCUUAUUAGUAUA